UCUCCGUCUCUCUCUCUCUCUCUCUCCAAGUCCCUGGUUUUAUGUAGCAACUGCUAAUUUAACUUCCUCAACUCCUCUGGACCCACUUAGCAAACCAAGAUUCUACGCUAUGCCUACCCUUUUCUUCCAUUACUUAAUCAUCAUCAUCAUCAUCUCUCUCUCUCUCUUUCUGCUAUAAACCCCUUCUUCAGAAAGGCCUCUAGCUUCUGAAUUUGAUGGAGGGCUCUAUGAACAAUUCAUCAAUGAAUAGAGAAGUUGUGGCAAAUUCUGAUGAAAGAACAACAGCUGAUGAUCAGGAGAGUAGUGGUUGGACAGCUUAUUUUGAAGAUUUCUCUAACCAAAGAAAGGAGGAUAGUUACUGUUCUGGUUUUGGUAGCUCUUCUAUGGUUUCUGAUGCUGCUUCUUUCCCUGCAUGGAAAUCAUCAUCAUCUCAUCAUAAUUACAACCAUGUUCUUGCCUCCUGCUCCCCGAGUACCCCCAACAAGUUAACUUUCAAGAAAGCAAAAACCAGAAGAAGGUCUCAUCAUGAUGAGUCUCUGGAAGACACUGCUAGUUCUCCUGUUAACAGUCCCAAGGUUAGUGAUUUCAUACCAAAUGAUGUGAAUCCCAGAAAGACAAAUGACCAUUUCAAUAGCUCCCUGGGUAAAGGAGGUGCUUUAGAGCAUUAUGGAGUAGUGGAGACAGAUGAUGAAAGAUGUGAAAUGAGUUGCAGUACUGGGAAUAAAGACUGCAGAGACUUGAAGAAGAAAGGCCUUUGUUUAAUUCCUUUGUCCAUGUUAGUUAACUUUCUUGGUUAAUUACUCUCUCUCUCUCUCUCUCAUCCCUUGCAGCAGAUACAUAUCAGGCUGUAUCUACAAUGGAAAGUCCUGUUGAUAUAUGAUGUGAAAUAUACCAAUCUUAAUUUCUUCUCCUGUAACCUAAAGCUAGACCAGAUCUUCCAUCUGAUGUUUUAUGUAUUCUCAAAAGAAGAGAAUAAAACAAUGUUUGGCAAA